GUACGCCAUCCCCGUUUCAUGAAUGGCCGGAACAUGGAGGAGAUGCCAUUCGAAAGAGUCAAGACGCGGCGGAGGAAGGGUCACUGCCCGGCCGGUGCACCUUUGGGUGCCAUCGCCUGCGAGGACGAGUUCAACAGCCACGAGCUGGAGGCUCUCUUCCAGAACUACAACCUGAAACUGGAACAGACCGCUACCCUCAAAGCGCUGGCGGUACUCAUCGUGGCCGCGUCGUCGCUGUCCCUCGUGGAGUUGCUGUCCAGCCCGCGUCUCACCUUGUCCAAGGGCUCCAACCCGGUUCACUGCGUGGUGUUCCUGUCGCUGUUCAUCGUCACCAAUGUCAAAUACCUGCAGGUGACGCAGCUGCAGCAAAUAGCGAAGCUGGCCCUGCUAUUCAGCUUCACCUUCGCGCUGCUCUGUUGCCCGUUCCCGCUGGCGUUGGGCACGUCGGAGCUGGUGAACGCCGCUGCCCCUGAGCAAGGUGUGUGGCAGCUCAUGCUGGUCACUCUCGUGGCUUACGUGCUGCUGCCGGUGCGGACCCUGCUGGCUGUGCUGUUCGGGGUGAUGCUGGCUGCAUCCCACUUCAUUGUCAUAGCGACGUCGGUCACGGGGAGGAAACAGAGGCUGUGGAGACCACUGGUGGCCAAUGCCGUGCUCUUCACCAGUGUCAACUUGUCAGGGGUGUUUGUGAGGAUUUUCACUGAACGCACCCAGAGGAAAGUUUUCCUGCAAGCCCGCAACUGUAUCGAAGAGCGGCUGAGACUGGAGGACGAAAACGAGAAGCAGGAGCGUCUACUAAUGAGCCUACUGCCCAGGAAUGUUGCCAUGGAGAUGAAGGAGGACUUCCUGAAGCCGCCUGAGAGGAUCUUUCACAAGAUCUACAUCCAACGUCAUGACAAUGUCAGCAUCCUGUUUGCAGACAUCGUGGGUUUCACCAGCUUGGCUUCUCAGUGUACUGCUCAGGAACUGGUCAAGCUGCUCAAUGAACUCUUUGGGAAGUUUGAUGAACUGGCUACAGAGAACCACUGCAGGCGUAUAAAGAUACUGGGGGACUGUUACUACUGUGUGUCAGGGCUGACCCAACCCAAGGCAGACCAUGCCCACUGCUGUGUUGAGAUGGGGCUCGAUAUGAUUGACACGAUCGCGUCGGUGGUGGAGGCCACGGAGGUGGACCUGAACAUGCGCGUGGGCCUGCACACAGGACGGGUGCUGUGUGGUGUGCUGGGCCUGAGGAAAUGGCAGUAUGAUGUCUGGUCAAACGAUGUCACACUGGCAAAUGUGAUGGAAGCUGGAGGGCUGCCUGGCAAGGUGCACAUUACAAGGACCACCCUGGAGUGUUUGAAUGGAGACUACGAGGUGGAACCGGGCUUUGGCCACGAGAGACAUGCCUUCCUACAGAAACAUCACAUUGAAACAUUUUUCAUCGUGCCAUCACACAGACGGAAAAUCUUUCCUGGUAUUAUUCUAUCAGACAUUAAACCAGCCAAGAGGAUGAAGUUUAAGACAGUGUGCUACCUGCUAGUGCAGCUCAUGCACUGUAGGAAAAUGUUCAAGGCCGAGAUCCCCUUCUCCAAUGUCAUGACCUGUGAGGAUGACGAUAAGCGGCGAGCCUUGCGUACCGCAUCAGAGAAGCUGAGGAAUCGCACGUCUUUCUCAGCCACUGCCGUGCAGCACUCGCCAGGAACGCGAGUCAACCGCUACAUUGGGCGGCUCAUUGAAGCCCGGCAGACCGAGUCCGAGACAUCAGACCUCAACUACAUCACCCUGUUCUACAGGAGCAGAGACAGGGAGCGCAGGUAUCACCAGAUAUACGAUGACCAGUUCAUCAGCGCCGUGGUUCUUUCACUGAUCCUCGCUGCCCUGUUUGGCCUUAUCUAUCUGCUAAUGAUCCCACAGGGUAUGCUGGUGCUGCUGCUGCUGGUGCUGUGUGUGUGUUUCCAUGUGGCCUGUGUCAUGUACCUUCAUCUCACCAGUGUUCAGUGCCAACCGGGCUGCCUCACCAUUCAGAUCCGAACAGUGUUGUGUGUCUUCCUCGUUCUGCUCACCUACUCUGUUACCCAGGCCUGUGUGGUGGGUUGUGUUCCCUGGGGUAAAGUUGGGACAAACUCCAACCGCUCUAUGGAGAACAUCCCUGCAGAUAAUCUCGCAGUUAGAUCUGCUAACACCACAGCAAUGGAGCGGGCUUGUCCGAACAUGGCCUACGCCUUACUAUCCUGUGUGGCCGGCACCCUCACCGUGGUCCCUUACAUCCGAGUCUCCUCGCUCCCCAAGAUCCUCCUCCUCUUCCUACUCUCUGUCGCCUACACAGUUGUCAUGGAGACCAGUGGUUACCGCCAAGCUGUGGGUGGUGGCUUUCUCCACACACGAGGUUAUGACCCUGUUUUGGCAGUGCUGCUGUUUUCUGGAGCUCUGGCUCUUCAUUCAAGACAACUGGACCUUAAACUGCGACUUGACUAUCUCUGGGCAACUCAGGCGGAGGAGGAAAGAGACGACAUGGAAAAGGUGAAGCUAGACAACAAGAGGAUCCUGUUCAACCUGCUGCCAGCUCACGUGGCUCAGCAUUUCCUCAUGUCAAACCCCAGGAACAUGGACCUCUACUACCAGUCAUACGCUCAGGUUGGAGUGUUGUUCGCCUCUAUCGCCAACUUCAAUGACUUCUACAUCGAGCUCGAUGGGAACAACAUGGGAGUUGAGUGUCUGAGGCUGCUCAAUGAGAUCAUCGCUGACUUUGAUGAGCUGAUGGACAAAGAGUGCUACAGGGAUAUUGAGAAAAUUAAGACCAUUGGCAGUACAUACAUGGCUGCAGUUGGGCUGGUUCCUACAACUGCUUCCAAGUCAAAAAGGUCCAUCACUUCACAUUUAUGCACCGUGUCAGAUUUUGCCAUCGAGAUGUUCGAUGUCCUGGAUGCUAUCAACUACCAGUCCUAUAACGACUUUGUCCUGAGAGUAGGUAUCAAUGUGGGCCCAGUGGUGGCAGGAGUGAUUGGAGCCCGGAGGCCACAGUAUGACAUCUGGGGAAACACAGUGAAUGUAGCCAGCAGGAUGGACAGUACUGGAGUACAAGGAAAGAUCCAGGUUACAGAGGACGUCUAUCGCCUCAUCACCGACUACUACAACUUUGUGUGCCGUGGCCAGGUCAGUGUGAAAGGCAAAGGUCAGAUGCUUACGUACCUCCUGGAGGGGCGCAAACAAAGCAGCAGACCAUCUCAAACCCAGCAGCAGCAGCCUGGCAAUGGAGAACGCCGGGCGAGCACAUUCGCCCACGGCAGUGUGUGCACUAGGCUGAGCCCCGCCCCGACGGUGACCACCUACGCUUCUAUCAGGACCCCAAGCCCGAGUGUGGCUAAACCGACCACAUCCACCAGCACCACCAGGUACCUGCCCUCUGUUCCCACAGCAGUGGUGUAAAGGGCACUGUCUCCAUCGUGAAUAUGAAAAAUAAGAAUGUAAGAGUGGAGGUGGGUACAUAACACAGAUGGCUGUAGCAGAGAAAGCCUAUUUAAAGAGGAAAGGCUGUUCUCCACUCUUCUUCUGUCUGUGGAAGGCAGGCAGGCUGAGACACUGAUCAUCCAAUGGGAGGCCCAGACGCAGGCCUGAACCCUGGAGCCUGAGGCGUCCUCAAUCAGACUGUCCCUCCACAUUCGAGCCCUGUUUGUUGUUUCACACGGUGGGAUGUCAAGAACAGGAUACAGGAUGCUUUAGCCACGUUGCUCUGUCAUCAAUCAAAGGCCAAGGAUGUCUCCAGGAUUUCAGAGCCGACUGCCAAAAACUGUAUCGACAACUACAAAAAAAUUAAAUAAGCAUAAAAACAAACAAACAAAAAAAAACACAUUGCAAUGCACAAUUGAAAUUGUAGCACACAGGCCUGUCACAGCAACUGUGUCCGGAAAUUCGUCUAACAACUUAAGCUAACCCUUUUUUCUCCCUAUAAAACCAAAACAGUGCUGCUGCCUUAGCGACCACUCCUCACAAUGAGUUUGU